AUGGAAGCGGCAGGGGUAAUUGAGGAUGCCGAGAAAAUUGAAAAGGUCCUUUUCCUUCACAAAAAUUUUUUUAAUUUAUUUAAAAACUUCAAGGAACUAAACAAUAAAAAUUUAAAUGACGGAGUAGACUCAAUUUGGAAUAAGCAUUUUGAUAAGGAAAGAUAUGAAAGGGAGGUCCGCACUAAUGAUGGCACUCCACUCUACUUUACCAAACAAAAUAUCAGGCACGGUUUUGAUGUGUUUGCCGAAUCUGAAGUCAAGAAGGUUGACUUGUUCGAAGAGUUGCAGCGAAAGACAAAUAUUAAUCAGAUACGAGAAAUGAAUCAAACCGGUUAUUCUCUUCUUACAAAAGAACAAUUAAAAAUGAUUUAUGGACCAGACUCUCCAUAUCAUGACCCGAAGCUUCUUCAACGCUUCCUACUUUUAAAUAACUCGGCAUUGACAUCACACAUUGAAAACGACAUUCACAAACUGGCAACAAUUGACUCAUUUAAAAUUCAACCCAAAAAAACACAACAAACUAGAAGAAAACGAGCAAUAAUUCUAUCACCUAUCAGUUUUAGCCCUUUUGUUUUGGUAAUAUUUUUUAUAAAUUCCUAUGUAUAUUUUUUAAUAUUCAAGACAUUAAUCAACUUAAAUCCUGUGAUUUUAUCCCCUAUAAUAUUUUCUCCAUUAAUUCUUGCCCCAGCAAUUCUUGGACCGGUAAUCCUUUCACCUUGGGUUUUUGUGCCGUUGGUUCUAUCACCGCGUCUUCUCACACCCUUAAUUCUUUCACCUCCAUUAUUUUCCCCCUUAAUUUUGUCUCCUUUGGCACUUCAACCAGUCAUUCUUUCUCCUGGAGCUUUUGCCCCUUUAAUACUUUCUCCAGUAUUGCUUUCUCCCUUUAUCUUAUCACCUCAAGUAUUUACUCCUUUAAUUCUUUCCCCUUUAGCAUUAAAUCCAUUUAUUCUAAAUCCAUCAGCUCUAAGUCCUGUAAUUCUAUCUCCUUUUGUAUUAUCACCUAUUAUUUUAUCGCCUGCAUUUCUUUCAGCUUUAAUUUUGAGCCCUUAUGCUUUAUCACCCCUUAUUCAAAGUCCUCUUAUUGCAUAUUCUGUAAUUUUGUCUCCAAGCUAUCUUAGUUAA